CUCAGCCUUUGUCACAUGAUCCUUUCCACUCCACGUGUUCGUCUUUCUCUCCAUUCAAGCGUUCCUGCGGAUUCUCUCCAGGUCGACUUCGGUGGGUUGCAAAAGGAAGCCUCGCGUGCGGUGCGGUCCGGUGUGGAGACGCUACUGUUGAGAAGCCUAACGUUGGCCAAACAGAGUAGCCAGAUUCUUCGCCUGAGACAUACUUUAAAGUCUACAAUGCCGAAACGCGAGAAGAGCGAGGACGAGAUCCUUCCAGUGGAUAAAGGAAGCUCAGAACCUGAGCCAAAAAAGUUUAUGAAAGAGCGUGAAGCCGAGAAACUAUCAGAAAAACAGGGCGAAUGUUCGUUCUCGUAUCAAGAUCCUCCUGAUAAGCUCACUUCACCCAGUGACAAAAAAUACACUUUAAAAAUAACUUCCUGGAAUAUCGAUGGUAUCCGGGCUUGGUUCAAAAAAAAUGGCCUAGAGUGGGUCAAGAAGGAGGAUCCCGAUGUCCUCUGUUUUCAAGAGACAAAGUGUGUCGAGAGGCAAUUGCCAGCAGAAAUUAUUGAGCUGGCUGCCUAUCCCCAUAAAUUUUGGGCCUGCUCUAUUGACAAGGAUGGCUACAGCGGUGUGGGUCUUCUUUCAAAGAACAAACCUUUGGAUGUCAUAUAUGGCAUAGGUGAGGAAGACUAUGAUAAAGAAGGCCGGGUGAUAACAGGGGAAUUUGAUUCCUACUUUCUGGUGACCGCCUAUGUCCCCAACGCCGGUCGAGGACUGGUGCGCCUGGAAUACCGCCAACGUUGGGAUGUGGCCUUCCGCUCUUACCUAGAAGGCUUGGCUGCCCGCAAGCCCGUUAUCCUGUGCGGCGACCUCAAUGUAGCCCAUCAGGAAAUUGAUCUGAAGAACCCCAGAGGAAAUAAGAAAAGCGCUGGGUUCACUCCAGAAGAGCGUGCUGGGUUCACUCAGCUGUUAGAAGCUGGCUUUGUCGACACUUUCCGACAUCUGUAUCCUGACGCCACCAAUGCGUAUACUUUCUGGACAUAUAUGAUGAAUUCCCGGGCUAAGAAUGUGGGAUGGAGGCUUGAUUAUUUUAUAAUCUCCAAAAGCCUUGUAGAUGGGUUAUGUGACAGUAAGAUCCGCUCCUCAGUCUUGGGGAGUGACCACUGCCCCAUCACUCUCUAUAUGGCUAUAUAACACAUGCAACCGAAGGCCCAAACCUAUUGUAGCUUGAGUGGGAAAAGAAAAUCAAAGCUAAAAUCAUGUCUAUGACUACUCAACCCUAAUUUUAGAGCAGUGUUUUUCAAUCAUGGCAGCUUUCAGACUUGUGGACUUUAACUCUCACAAUUCUGGUUGGCUGACUAGGUAAUUCUGGGAGUUGGAAGUCCACACAUCUUAAGGUCACCAAGGUUGAGAAACACUGCUCCAGAGUCAGGAUCUGAAUCCUUUUCCAUAAGUUAGCCCCAUCCCAGGCUACUAAUAGGUUUCCACAAUGUAAAAAUAUUUCUCUCAAAAGGUGUGUGGCUACUUUGGGGCUAACUGGAAAUAAGGUCUGUUUCUGUUUCUGCCAGUUCCAGUUCUCCAGGGAAGAUGGCUUAAAACGAGUGGGGAACUGUGGUCAUUUUAUGACCUGUGGACUUCAACUUCCAUAAUUCCUGAGCCAUCAUAGCUGCCUCCAGAAUUCUGGGAGUUGAAGUCCACAAGUCAUAAAGAGGCCAUAUUUCCUCACCUCUGGCUUAAAAGGUGGGCCUGGAGCAAGGUGGCAGGAAGCUAUCUCAGAUUCCUGAGAUAGCAAGGAUCACACUGGAGUCUUCUUUUCUAGCAUUUGCAGUAAAAGAAGAAGAAGCUAGGCUAAGUGGGGGCAUCACUCCUCUGCUAUUGUUCUCCAGAUGUUAGCUCUGUCUUCCUUAUUCUCAGUAUUGCCCCUCAUGAAAGGCCUCUUCACACCUCUCUUCCCCCCACCCCUUUCAGUGUUUUGGAAUAAACCGAAAUUUAUUUUGAUAUCCCAGAAAACAUUAAACUUCCUGUUUAUAAAAAUCAACCAAACUUGUCUCAUUUUUUAUCCGGAAUGCUAUCAUUUAGCAAUUUCAGUGUGGCCUUUUAAACAAUGAAUUCCUUUAGCUUUCAACUUUAUCACCACCUGAUGGUCGAAGUACUACGCAAGAAUUUCCCACCCAAAUUGGUUUUCACACUGACUUCGGUAAUUACCUAUUCUAUUCUUCACAACUCUCUUUUUUAUUUCCAAUACCGGAAAGCUAACAUGUCAUUAUUUCCCUUUAACCUGUGAGUACAUUUGUGUGCAUUUAUUUGCUUAAAACUAAAGCUUUCCACGGUCCGGUCAUGUCUGGCUCUAUUGGGUGAUGCUCGUGUUCAUUUCCUAGCUUGGAAACCAGGGUUGUCCAAAGAUGCUUUGUGGUCAUGUAGCCAGAAUGAUUAUACACACAGGAGCACUUAAUGCUGAUACAUUUCCCCUGAAGUGGUACCUAUUUAUAAUAAUAACAGAGUUGGAAGGAACCUUGGAGGUCUUCUAGUCCAACCCCCUGCCCAGGCAGGAAACCCUAUACCAUUUCAGACAUGGUUAUCCAACAUUUUCUUACAAAUUUCCAGUGUUGGAGCAUUCACAACUUCUGCAGGCAAGUUUAAUUAAUUUAAUUAAUGAUUAAUUGUUCUGUUAGGAAAUUUCUCCUUAGUUCUAAGUUGCAUCUCUCCUUGAUUAGUUUCCACACAUUGCUUCUUGUUCUACCCUCAGGUGCAUUGGAGAUUAGUUUGACUCCCUCUUCUUUGUGGCAACCCCUGAGAUAUUGGAACACUGCUAUCAUGUCUCCCCUAGUCCUUCUUUUCAUUAAACUAGGCAUACCGAGUUCUUGCAACCGUUCUUCAUAUGUUUUAGCCUCCAGUCCCCUAAUCAUCUUUGUUGCUCUUUUCUGCACUCUUUCUAGAGUCUCAAGAUCUUUUUUACAUCGUGGCGGCCAAAACUGAAUGCAAUAUUCCAAGUGUGGCCUUACCAAGGCAUUAUAAAGUGGUAUUAAGACGUCACAUGGUCGUGAUUCUAUCCCUCUGUUUAUGCAGCCCAGAACCCUGUUGGCUUUUUUGGCAGCUGCUGCACACUGCUGGCUCAUAUCUAAAUGGUUGUCCACUAGGACUCCAAGAUCCCUCUCACAGGUACUACUAUUGAGCAAGGUAUCACAUAUCCGGUACCUGUGCAUUUUGUUUUUUUGGCCUAAAUUUAGAACCUUACUUUUUUCACUGUUGAAUUUCAUUUUGUUAGAUAGUGCCCAAUGUUCUAGUGUGUCAAGAUCUUUCUGUAUCUUGAGCCUAUCUUCUGGAGUGUUAGCUAUUCCUGCCAGCUUGGUGUCAUUUGCAAAUUUGUUGAGUUCCCCAUCUAUCCCCUCGUCCAAGCCAUUGAUGAAGAUGUUGAAGAGUACUGGGCUAAAACAGAGCCUUGGGGUACUCCCAGUGGUGGGAUUAACCAGUUCGCAUCACUUCGGGAGAACCGGUUGUUAACUUUCUGAGCAGUUUGGUGAACUGGUUGUUGGAAGAAAUCAUUAGGGCAGAGAACCGGUUGUUAAAUCAUUUGAAUCCCA